AUGGUUUCAAUAUUGGAACAGCCUGAAUUGGCUAAAGAAGGUACAAGACCUCAGGAUGGCGUUAGAGAUAUGAUCAUUAUUAGUAAUAUUGAUGAAAAUGGAGUGAAUACUAAUCUUGAAACGAGAUAUAAAAAAGAUAUUAUAUACACAUUCACUGGAUCCAUCUUGAUUGCUGUAAACCCCUACAAAUCCUUGGCAAUCUAUGAAGAGAAAGACAUCAAAGAGUACAGUGGCAAAAAACUCAGUCAAGUGGAGCCACAUGUCUUUGCCAUUGCAGAAGCUGCAUUUCAACAUUUGAAGAAUAAUGAUGUCAACCAAUCUUGUAUCAUUAGUGGUGAGAGUGGUGCUGGAAAGACAGAGACAACUAAAUUUAUUUUACAAUACCUGUGUUCUGUUACCAAUCACACAUCCUUCUGGGUAGAACAGCAAAUUCUAGAAGCAAAUACAAUCUUGGAAGCCUUUGGCAAUGCAAAGACAGUACGAAAUGACAACUCUAGUCGGUUUGGCAAAUUUAUGCAAGUUUGUUUUGAUGACAAAUACCAGAUCAUUGGGUGUAUUAUUCAAGACUAUUUGUUAGAACAGUCUCGUAUCACAUUCCAGUCUCCCAAUGAACGGAACUACCAUGUAUUUUAUCAGAUUGUUGCUGGUGCUGCUGCAAAUCCUGAGAUAAAAGAACAGUACUUUAUCCAAAAUAUGGAAUCAUAUAAUUACUUGAACCAAAGUGGGUGCUAUAAACUGGAUGGUCACAAUGAUGUGACGAUGUUUGAUGCUUUGCGUCUUGCCUUUGGUGUACUGAGUAUCCCCCUCAACAUGGUCAGUGGUAUAUUCUCAGUCAUCUCUGCCAUUUUACUGCUGGGAAAUUUACAGUUUGAGGACAUUGAUGGAGAGAAGUGUCAGUUAACUGAGACUGACACAGAAAUUAUAAGCAAAGUCUGUGAUUUACUUGGCCUUAACAAAGAAGGACUCACUGAGGCAGCUCUUUUUCGGCAAAUUCAUGUCCGUGGAACUGUCACGAGUAUUCCAUUCAAAAUGCAGGAGUCAAGUGAAAAUCGUCAUGCUAUGGCAAAAGCAUUAUACUCCCGGACAUUUGCUUGGUUAGUAGAUAGUAUAAACAAAUGCAUCAACCCUGGAACAAAUCGUUCAAGAUUUGCUGGAAUUUUGGAUAUUUUUGGAUUUGAAAAUUUUCAGACUAAUAGUUUUGAACAGCUCUGCAUUAACUACACAAAUGAGAAAUUGCAUAAAUUUUUCAACCAUUACGUAUUUGCCUUGGAACAAGAAAUUUACCAGAAAGAAGGAAUCUCUUAUUCUCACAUUAACUACACUGAUAAUGGUCUUUGUGUGGAACUUAUUGAAAAAGCUCCCCGGUGUAUUCUUAAAAUUUUGGAUGAAGAAUGUCGAUUCCCACAGGGUUCGGAUAAAUCUUACCUGAACAAGCAACAUCAGGAAUUUGGUGACCAUUUAUACUAUAUCAAGGGUCAGGACCGACGUUGCUGGGAGGUAGAAUUUGGGAUCAAGCAUUAUGCUGGACCUGUCUUGUACAAAGCUCAUGGAUUUUUGGAAAAGAACAAAGAUGUUCAACAGGACCAGUUAUUUGAAUUGAUGUAUGAAUCAAAAAAUCCUUUUGUGAAGGAUCUGACACGCUUCCAGAAUCUGCUUGGAGUGCGUUUGGAAGAUCUUGGUGGUCGACAAACAAUAUCGCGUACAGCCAGAAGUAAACCUACUGUGGCUGACACAUUUAAGCACCAACUCUCAGCCCUGGUCGAUGUUCUGGAACUGACCAAUCCUUGGUAUGUGAGAUGCUUAAAGCCUAACUCCAAAAAAGUGCCUAAUAAUUAUCAGGUUUCUGAUGUCCUGUCUCAGUUGAGGUAUUCUGGGAUGUUAGAUCUCAUCAAGAUAAAAAAAGAGGGUUAUCCUGUUCAUGUUCCAUUGACAAAACCCUUUGAUGAAAAUAUUCUUCAAGUUUCAUUAUUUCUAAACCCUUUCUAA